AUCAAACAGACCUUUUAUUCCAAUAGAAAUGACUAUCUAAAUUAAGUCUGAAAUAUCUUUUUGCAGAUUAUAUUCGAGACAGACAUGUUGCUGACAAGAACACGUGUUAUGAAGAUACAGCUGUGGACCAUAAUAAACUUGAUGGUGCUGAUAGCAAACAUAGAUUGUCGAUGUGUCGAAACUCUGAUCAACGGACCUAACGGUGUUAGUAACUCUUCACUGACAGUCUCGUCAUGGUUUAACAGAAUACAUUGCCAGCCAAAAUUUGUCAGAAUCGGAAAUGUUGAGCCAUAUGCAUGGUGUCCUGCCACUGCAUCUAUAUCUGAAUACCUGCAGGUUGAACUGAGAUACCUGUCAACAGUCACAGGAUUUGUCAUUCAAGGACGGAACUAUCAAUAUACGGAGUCUAUAACAAUGAAAAUAAGUCGGAAUGGAGUCAAUUGGAAAGACGUCACCGACAAUUCAGGAGAUAGAAAGAUAUUCACUACAAACACCGACGGUACGACUCUGGUGACUAGGGCUGUAAAUGAGAUCUCUGGGACUAAAUUUGUUCGAAUUUAUCCUGAAACGUGGAAUGACUGGCCUUCGUUCCGGUUGGAAAUUCUUGGACUUUCAGGUACAUCGAGUUGGGCUGGAAAAAUUGGCGUACCGGACAUUGUGCUUCCUGUUCUUCAACAGAUAACGGCAGCCAACAAUGGCUUGUGUGGGAAAGCUUGUCACAAACACCAGUCAUGUGGAAGUUUCAUGUUUGAUUUCGACACUAAUGAAUGCCACCUUUACUCCACAAAAUCGUUCAAUGUAACCACAUCGGAAUCAGCAUCUGAUAGAAAAGUAUAUUAUGUGGACAACCGUGAAUGCCAUUCUUAACUUUGACCCAAUACAAGAGGACAACUAGCGUCGGGAUCUUACUGUUAUAUAGGACAUUUUCGUUGAUUUCAUUAAACGAAUCGAAGUUACUUGGUUUUGUUAAUGAAUGUUACGGAAUCAGCCUCCAACCAUACAAACUCUCUUGAAGCGCAGAU